AAGUGCGAGACUUCUUUGUUUGGAAAUGGCGGCACGAACAGGUGUCUGCACGACGGAGACACUAUAUUUAAAUACGGUUUACGCAAAUCUUUCAUUCAUUUUCAAAAUCUUAUGAGUUUCAAAGAGAAGAGGAUAGUAAACUAAAACAGAGCACAGCACAUCCACAGGGUUCUGAGGCAGUAAUAAACAGGAUGUAGGUGGUCUUCAUUGUGGAGCUGACCCUGGCUAUUGUACAGGUGAUGGGAUGAAAGGAUAAAGGUCAAGAUGAGUCAGGAUGCCAGUAAGUUUGAGAAGGGCCGUAUUCGAGCCCUGCAGGAGGAAAGGAUUCUGGUGCAAAAGAAAACUUUUACCAACUGGAUUAACUCCUUCCUGAUGAAGGCUGAUUUGAAGAUCAGUGAAAUAUUUGAAGACUUGUCUGAUGGAAAGUUACUGCUGAAACUGUUGGAGAUCAUAUCUGGGGAGACCAUUGGCAGGGCCAACAGGGGGACACUGAGGGUGCAGAAAGUGGAAAACCUCAACAAGUGUCUCAAGUUUUUAGCACAGAAAAAGGUUCAACUGGAAAACAUUGGAGCAGAGGACAUAGUAGAUGGGAACCAGCGGCUUAUACUGGGCUUAAUAUGGACGAUCAUUCUAAGAUUUCAGAUCCAGGAAAUUGAAAUCGAAGUGCGGGUGAUGUUUACAGAAGAAACACCCAGAGAUCCAGAGGAAGAUGAGAGCACAGAGAAGCGAUCAGCAAAAGCUGCUCUCCUGUUGUGGUGUCAGAGAAAAACAGAAGGGUAUGCUGGCGCAGAGAUUCAGAACUUCACCUCCAGUUGGAGAAAUGGCAUGGGCUUCAAUGCUCUUAUACAUGCUCACAGACCUGAACUUAUUGAUUAUGAUCUUUUAAAGCCCAGCAAUGCUCUGUACAACCUGAACAAUGCCUUCUACACUGCACAGGAGAAGCUUGGUAUUGCCAAGCUGCUGGAUGCUGAAGAUGUUGCUGUAGAACAACCAGAUGAGAGAUCCAUCAUAACAUAUGUUGCAGCAUACUACCAUCACUUUGCUAAGAUGAAGACAGGAAUCACUGGAGGAAAGAGGAUAGCAAAGAUUGUUGGACUUGUGAUGGCCAUAGACCAGAUGAAGCAGAACUUUGAACAGGCCAGCACUGCUCUACUGGAGUGGAUCAAACAGAAAGUGAAAGAGCUGAGCCUUAGAAGGUUUCCUAACACUUUGGAUGGGGUGCAGCAAGAAAUGUUGAAGUUUAAGGACUACAUAUCAUUGGAGAAACCACCAAAGUACAAAGAAAAAGGCUUACUUGAAGAGGAGCUAUUUCACAUUCAAGCCAAGUUAAAGGCUAAUGGUCAAAAGGCUUAUAUCCCCCGUGAGGGUCUGCUGGUCAGUGAUUUGGAGAGGGCCUGGGCAGGACUGGAGAAAGCUGAAUAUCAACGAGAAAAGGCACUGAGGGAAGAAAUGAUAAGGCAAGAAAAACUGGAGCGUUUGUCAGCUAAGUUUGAAAGCAAGGCUGGCAUCAGGGAAUCCUGGCUGGCUGACAUGAUCCAGGUGGUGUCAGAACACACCACAGGAACAGACUCCUCCCAGGUGGAAGCAGCUGUCAAGAAAUACGAGGCCAUCACUGCUGAUAUUUUAUCAAGAAAAGACAGGUUUGAAGCCCUCUCGAGUAUGGCACAAGAACUUCUAGAUGGUAAUUUCCACAGUGCUGAGACCAUUGCCAAAAGGGAACAACUGAUCAGCCUGAAAUGGAGGAAUUUACAGAACCAGCUUGAAAAUAAGAAGCGUGUUCUGAUGGGAUUCCAUGAACUGAUGGGCAUGUUCAGAGAGAUAGAGGGCAUCAUGGCUGAAAUGAAGGAAGUUGAGGGAAGUGUAAGAUCUGAAGACUUUGGCAAGCAUUUACUGGGAGUAGAAGAUCUGUUACAGAAGCACAGUCUGAUAGAAACACAGAUCCAGGCCCAAGGCCAAAGGGUCAAGGGUCUUAACAAGAGGGCCAGAGAAUAUGGUCACGUGAAUCAGGCAGAGACCGCUGUGCUAUUGAAAAGACUGGAGAACCUCAAUAAGGAUUAUGAAAACCUCCAGAAGCUAAGCACUAUCAGAGGUGAACGUCUCCAGGAAUCGCUGAAGUUUUACAAGUUCAUCCAGGACAGUGAAGAGGAGGAGAGCUGGGUGCUGGAGAAACAAAGGCAGGCCAAGUCCAUGGUGACAGGCCGAGAUCUCAGGGCUGUCAUAGGUCUGCUCAAGAAACAUGAGGCUCUAGAAGCAGAACUCCAGGCCAGACAUCCCAGGUGUCAUCAGGUGUGUCAGCUCGGACAGCAAUUGAUUGACACCCGCCACUACGCCAGCACUGACAUCAAGCUGCGAGUAGACAGUCUCAAGGACAAGUGGACGAGACUUCGAGAACUGGCCAAAUCCCGAAGGACAAGAUUGGAAGAUGCUGAAGAGUCACAUAGAUACUAUGCUGAUGCCAAUGAAGCAGAGUCAUGGAUGAGGGAGAAGAUCCCUUUAGUUUGCAGUGAUGACUAUGGCAAGGAUGAACUGAGUGCAAAGGCCCUGUUAGUGAGGCACACCCACCUGGAGGAGGAGAUUCAAGCUUAUCAGCAUGAUAUACAGAGAUUAAAUGAGCUUGCCAACCUAAUGACUAAAGCUGGUCACCUGAGUUUGCCACCCCCAGAGGUGUUAGAAAAGAAAUUCAGUGAGAACACAGAAGAAGUUGAUGACAAAGAAGAAGAAACAGUUGAAGAAAUUGUGGACAUUCCGUAUGAAAUAGAGGUUGAGGAAAUAGUGGAGAAAGAAGUGAUUCAAGAGUCAAUAGAAGAGAAGAAGCUGCCACAGGUCAAAGCAAUGUAUAAAUACAAAGGAGAGGGGUUCCAAGUGGACAAAAGAGAGGUAAUGCUGCUUCUACAGCAAACCAACAAAGAAUGGUGGCUGGUCAGGAGAUCCACGGGCCAGGAGGGAUUUGUUCCUGCCAACUAUGUGAAAGAAACCACCCCCAAAAUCAUACAGAAAGUGGUGAAAAAAACAGUGAAAGUGCCGGAGAAAGUGAAGGUGAAGAAGGUCACCAAUAAAAAAGAGAAGAUUGUGAAAAAGAGGCGCUCCCUUCGAAGAACACCUUCAGUGCGAUCUCAAGCCAAUCUUCAUUUUGACAAAGAAAAUGUUGAAGAACGUCAGCAGGGCAUUAAUUCCACCCAUAAGAGGCUUACUAAACUUGCCAAGGCACGCCGCCUAUACUUGGAAGAUGCCAUCCAAUUUUUUCAUUUCUACAGAGAAUGUGAUGAGUUUGAAUCUUGGAUAAGAGAUAAAGAACACUUGUUGCAAAAUAUAGAAAACCAAACAGAGAAUGUUGAAGCAUUAAGGAGAAAAUUUGAGAAUUUAUUGACUGAUCUGGCUGCUAACAAAGGAGAAGUUGAAAGAAUCAACAAGCUUGCAGAUGAUUUUGUAAAGAAUGGACACAGCCAACAAGAAGCUGUGCGCAGACGACAAAAGGAGAUCAAUGACCGGUGGGAUGCCCUCAAUACUUUGAAAUUAGAAAAAGAGAGAGCUUUAGAGGGGCUUUCCAGUGUGGAGCUCUACCGUUCUGCAUGUGAUGAGACGAAGGACUGGAUAAUGGAGAAAUUCAGUGCUCUUUUGACAGAAGAUGUGGGAAGAGAUUUGGCAUCUGUUCAGGCUUUACAGAGAAAACAUCAGAACUUGGAACUUGAGUUAGGACCUCUAGAGGGACGUCUCACCAAAGUAGGCGUAUUAGCCACAGCUGUAAAGACAUCCUACCCUGGAGAAAUGGAAAAUGUGGGAGGCAAGCAGCAGGAGCUGGUCAGCCUCUGGAAUGCUUUGCUGGACAAGGCAGAGGAAAGAAAACAAAAACUUCAAGAUUCUGAAGAAUUGCAGAAGUUCUACAAUGAACUGAGAGAUUUGCAAGCCUGGGUCAGUGAAGUGAAAGUGAAAGUAGCUGACACUGAGUUAGCAAAGGAUGUCCCUGGCGCAGAGAAACUCCUCAAACAACAUCUGGAACUCCGAGAUGAAAUAACAAAUAACCAAGAAAGAUUUGAGCAAGUCAAACUCAUGGGUAAAAGAAUUCUGAAGAGGAAACCAGCAGAAAGCAAGGAAAUAACCCAGCAGCUGAAGCAACUGCAGGUGGACAGAGAAGCUAUAACCCAGGGCUGGGCAGCUAGAAAUAAACUGUUACAAGACUGCCAUGAUGUACAGGUAUUUUUCCGUGAAGCUGACCAGAUAGACUCUGUCACCAUCAGCCAUGAUGCAUUCCUGGAGUUUGAUGAACUGGGGACUACUGUAGAUGCUGUCGAGGCAUUAUUUAAGAGGCAGGAAGACUUUGAGAGCACUCUCCUGGCCCAAGAGGACAGAAUGAAGAGUUUCAGUAACAUGGCAGAUAAACUGCUGGCAGUGGGGCAUUACGAUAGCCAAAAUAUUGCUGAGAGGAAGCAGUCCGUGCUAACAAGAAGAGAGAGUGUUAAGAGGAAAUGUCAGGAAAGACAUGAUAAACUUUUGGCCUCGAUGGCCUACCAAGAGUUUAACAGGGAUGCAGAUGAGCUGUCUAGUUGGAUGCAUGAAAAGUACCAGCUGGCCACAGACGACUCCUACAAAGAUCUCACUAACCUGCCAGAAAAGUUCCAGAAACACCAAGCAUUUGAGGCAGAACUGAAAGCCAACCAUGACAGGUUACAGAUGAUUAACCAGUCUGGAACAGCUCUGCUGGAAGAGAAGCACUAUGCCUCAAAACAGGUGAAGGGUGCCCUGACCGACCUCAACCAGCGCUGGGCUGACCUAUACGACAAGUCCACUGAUAAGGGAACCAAACUUCGCCAGGCAACACAGCAGCAUAGACUGAACAAAGCCCUGGCAGAAGCCAAAGAGAGCUUGGACGAGAUUGAUAAAGCUGUGUCUUCAGAGGAUAUAGGACAUGACAGGAGGAGUGUGAAAGUACUGGUCAAGAAUCAUCAGAAUUUAGAAGGAGCUAUGAAGAUUCACGCUGAGAAGAUCCAGGAGCUGGUCAAGGAAGGGGAAGCUAUGGCCAGGGCAGGACAUUUUGACUCUGCAGGCAUCCUGAAAGCUGUGAAACAAUUCUAUGCAAGGUUUGAAGAGCUUAAAGACCCCAUGUCCAGACGAAAGGAGAAGUUACACCAGUCCCUGAUGUGGCAUCAGUUCAGUUUUGAUGUAGAUGAUGAGCUGCAGUGGGUGCUGGAACACAUGCCAGCUGCCACCUCUACUGACUAUGGCCACAGCCUGACUGAUGCACAGAAUCUUAGUAAGAAACAUCAGGACUUGCUAUUGGAACUACAAGGUCAUCAGCCUAUUGAGGAGAAAGUGCUAUCCCGUGGUCAGCAGAUGAUGGACGCUGGUCAUUUCUCCAGCCCACAGGUCCAGGAUAGGAGUAAUGAACUCAGCACUGCUUGGAAGAAGUUGCUAAAAAAGGCCAAGAGCAGGAAGAAACAAUUGGAAUUGUCUUUACAAUGCCAACAUUUCUUCUCAGAAGCUGCAGAAGUCGAGUCUUGGAUAUCAGAGAAAUCUGGGUUUCUAGCCAGUAAGGACUAUGGGAAGGAUGAACCAUCUGCUGAUAAGCUGCUUACAAAACACAAGGCAUUGAAAGUUGACCUGGAUACUUAUAAUGGCAUUGUGGCAGAUCUGCAGAAAGAGGCCCAGAAGUUGAUGGAGGCUGGAGUAAAGGACAGCACGCUCAUUGCCAAGAGACAGGAACAAGUUCAACAGCAGCUGUCUAGUCUACAGAAGCAGGCUGCCAGCAGACAACAGAAACUGGAGGAUUCCAAAGCUGCCCAUGUGUACUUUAGAGAAGUGACUGAACUAGGAGAAUGGAUAGCUGACCAGAUGCAUGUAGCUGCUUCAGAGGACUUUGGUCAUGAUUUUGAACACUUACAGCUGCUGAGAAAGAAGUUUGAUGAGUUCUGUCUGGGGGUGGACACCAGAUCCAAACGCUACGAGCAAUGUAAAAAGCUAUCUGAAGCAGUGCUUGCUAGUGAUAGUCAAUAUAAGUCUGAAGUCAAGGAGCAGCAAGAACAACUCAGCACCUCAUGGCAGGCCUUGCUUCAGCAGGUUGCUGAGCGCAAUGAGAAGCUUCAAGCUGCGGGGAAAAUACACAGAUUUCAUCGAGAUGUGGAGGAAGCUCUCUCUAGAAUACAGGAGAAAUUUGUGUCUAUCCCUGAUGACUUGGGCAGAGAUAUUAAUGGAGUUCAAGCAUUGCAGAGAAAACAUGAAGCUUUUGAGACAGAACUGGUUGCAUUGGAAGCUCAGCUCCAAGUCCUACUGGAUGACUCUGCCCAGCUUCAAGAACAAUUUCCUGGAGAAAAUGCUGAGAACAUAGAACAGCACCAGGCAAUGGUAGUAGAAAACUGGGGCAUACUGCAGGACCGGGCAGCACAGAGAAAGGAAGACCUACAGUCUGCUAAUGAUUUGCAUAAGUUUAUUGCAUCAGUCCGAGAUCUGGUGACAUGGGCUGCCCAGGUUCAGACUGAGAUGGUGAUGGAGGAGCCAGUCAGGGACAUCCAGAGUGUGGAGAUAUUACGUACACGCCACAGUCAGAUCAAGGCAGAGAUUGAUACCAGAGAGGACAUGUUCGAGUCCAUCCUGGAAGCUGGGAAGAUAAUGAUAAACGCUGAUCACCAUGCCAAGGCAGAGAUUGUGGACCGUGUAAGUCAGGUGGUUGAGGAAAAAGAGCGGCUCCACUCCGCCUGGCAGGAGAGGAAGGUUUACCUAGACCAGCUGUAUGACAGCCAAGUCUUCUACAGAGACACCAACCAGAUAGAAACAACCAGCAACUCCCAGGAGGUUUAUCUGUCUAGCAGAGAUAUAGGAUCAGCUGUGGAACAGGUGGAGAACAUGCUGAAGAAGCAUGAAGCUUUUGAGAAAAUACUCCUGCAACAAGAUGAAAAAGUAAAUGCAGUCUGUGCAUUUGGACAAGGACUGGUGGAUUCCGGCCACUUUGAUAUGGACAAUAUUAUGGCUACCUUGGAGGUCAUCAAAGUCAAGCGAAGCUAUAUCAAGGAGCUGAGUAGUGAUCGCAGGCAGAGACUGGAGGAUGCUUUGGCUUACACACGUUUCAACAGGGAUGUCCUAGAGGUAGAGGCCUGGAUAGAGGAGAAAAUAAAGAUCACAUCUGAUGCUAGCCUCAGCAAAGUAACAGACCUACAGGACAAGGUGAAGAAACUCCAGAAACACCAGGCAUUUGAGGCAGAAAUCAUAGCCAAUGCUGAAAGGAUCAAGUUGAUCAAACAGCAAGGAGAUGCUAUGAUCAAGUCAGGCCAUGAAGCCAGUCCAGAGAUAGAACAAAGAUCUAAAAUAGUUCUGGUGCACUGGAAUGACCUGUUGGAGGCCUCGGCUAACACAGCUAAGGAACUGGAGGAAGCCAAAGAUAUCCUUGCCUUUACUGAGGAGGGGGACACAGUGGAAGCUUGGAUCCGUGAAAAGUCCAUGUUAAUCACUGCUGGAGACACUGGAAAGGACUAUGAACACUGCCUAGAACUGCAGAGGAAAGUCAAUGAUGCUGGAGCGGCUGUCACAGUGGAUGAGCAGAGAAUCAAGGCAAUCCAAGAACUUGGCAAUAAGAUCAUCAAACAAGGCAGAACCGAUGUCAAACAAAUUCAGGACAAGAAACAAGCACUUCUGGAAAAGUGGCAGGGUUUGCAGGGAGCAUUGGCUGAACACAAAGAGAAGCUUGCAGCAGCUUUAGAGGUCCAUGCUUUCAACAGAGAUGGGGACGAGAUUAUAGACAGGAUAUAUGAAAAGGCUCUAGCAUUCUCCACAGAGGACCUUGGCAAAGAUCUCCCCUCAGUUCAGGCUUUACAGAGAAGACAUGAUGAACUGGAAAGAGACAUGACUGUGUUGCAGUCUCAAAUAGAGAAAUUGGAAUCCCUUGGUCACCACUUGUCCAGGAAGUACCCAGACCAGCUAGGCACCAUUAAUGACAAGCACCAGGUGGUACUGGACAACUGGGAGAGGUUGGAGGACCUCUCUGAUGCCAGGAAAUCCAAACUCCAUGAUUCCUACCAGCUUCAGAAACUGAAGAAUGACUUCCGUGAGUUGGUGACAUGGCAGACAGACAUGGAGAUCAGGAUGACGGCUAGUGAGCUGGCCAAGGACGUCCAAGGGGCAGAGCAGAUGGUGCACAGACACCAGGAAUUUAAGGCAGAAAUAGAUGGACGUGGUCCAGCCUUCCAGCAGCUGAAGACCCAGGGGGAGGACCUGAUGUCCAGGGACCACUAUGCAGCUGAGGAAAUCCAGGCUUUGGUGGACAAUGCACAGGUCACUUACACCGAACUGACCACCACUUGGGAACAUAGGAAAGUGGAACUGUCACAGUGUUAUGAUUUGCAGGUGUUCAAUGAAUAUGCAGAACAAGCAGACAUUUGGUUGACUAGCAAAGAAGCAUUCCUCUCCAACGAGGAUCUUGGUGACACUCUGUCUGGAGUAGAAGCCUUGCUGAAGAAGCACAGUGGGUUUGAGAAGACACUUCAGGCCCAGGAAGACAAGAUCGAUGCUUUGGAAGAAUUUGCAAAGGAGCUCAUAAACCAGAGGCAUUACACAUCUGGACAGAUAUCUGCAAGAUGUGAGAGCAUUGUCCAGCGUAGAGGCCAGAUGAAGACUUUAGUGGUGGCUAGAAAACACAUGUUAGAGGACUCCAUGAAAUACCAACACUUCCUCAGGAGGCUGUAUGAGCUUGACACAUGGCUCCAAGAGAAGUUGCAGAUUGCUCUGGAUGAGACUUACAGGGACCCCUCCAACCUGCAGGGAAAGUCCCAGAAACACCAGGCUUUUGAGGCAGAACUGGGAGCCAACCUGAGGAGAGUGGAAGCCGUUCAAGAGGAGGGUCAGAAACUCAUCAGUGGAGGCCAUUUUGCAUCAACAACAAUCCAAGAGAAGUUGUCAGAGAUAGAAACUUCAUGGAAGGAGUUGAUUUCUACCUGUGAACUGAAGAGAGAGAGGCUCAAAGAUGCUUACCAGGCCAUGCUGUUUAACCGCACAGUUGAUGACUUUGAGGAGUGGUUGAAGGACAAGGAGAGCCACCUGGCAUCUGAGGAUUACGGCAAAGAUUUGACUGCUGCUUGUAGCCUACUUAAGAAACACCAGUUGUUGGAGCAGGAUGUCAUGAAUCACAGGGAGAAACUGACUGAACUUGAAGAAACUAUCAGAUCAUACGAGCAAGCCAAGCACUUCAUGCUGGGAGAAUUGAAGGAAAGAGUUGAUGGGCUAAAGACAAGGUAUGUUGCACUAGAAGGGCCUUCUCAGGUGAGAAAAGAUCACUUACACCAGUCUCACAUGAUGUAUCAGUUCUACAGAGAUGUAGAGGAUGAGUUGUCAUGGAUAAGAGAGAAAAAGAUAGUGGUGUCGUCAUCUGAUUUGGGAGACAACUUGCUCUCUGCUCAGAACCUGCAGAAGAAACACCAGACUCUUGAGGGUGAAAUCUUGGCCCAUGAACAACUGAUAGAUGUCGCCACUGGCACAGCACAUCACAUGAUCAGUAUGCAGCAUUUUGCCUUGGACGAGGUGCAGAAUCGUCUGCUAGAGCUACAAACAGCACUGCAGGAACUGAAGUCAAUGGCCAGUGAAAGAAAGAAACAUUUGCAGGAUUCUUUGGAAGUACAGAUGUAUUACACAGAUGUUGCUGAGGCAGAAGUUUGGAUCAGCGAAAAGCUGCCAUUCCUGACCAGCUCUGAAAUAGGCAAAGAUGAGGAUGCUGUUCAGGUGCUCAUUAAAAAACUUGACACUCUAGACCUGGAUAUAGAAAAUUACAACACAACUAUUGGCACACUGUCAGGGAGAUGUGUAGACCUUGUCAGCAGAGGACAUUAUGACAGUGAGCAUAUUCAACAGAAACAGGCCAGCCUGGAACAGAGCUAUCAGUCCCUCCAUGAGUUGUCCAGCCAAAGAAGAACCAGAUUGCAGGACAACAAGCAGCUGUAUGACUUCUACCACGAGGCUGAUGAGGUGGCCACCUGGAUUAAAGAGAAAGAGGUCAUUGCUUCCUCAGAGGAUUAUGGCAGAGAUUUAGAGCACGUGGAGUUACUCCAGCAGAAAUUUGCCAGCUUUGUCCAGGACCUGUUGUCCAGCGAGGACCGUGUAGUGACCAUUAACACCCUGUCCCAGACCUUGGCAGCACAGGGACACUGGGAGUCCGAGGCCAUAGAGAGGAGAUGUGAGGAGAUCAACCAGAUGUGGGUGGAUGUGAAGGAACUGGCUAACACCAGGCAGGAGGCCCUGGCUGGAGCUAGAGAAGUGCACACAUUUGACCGUGACUCUGACGAGGCUAUCGAGUGGAUGCAGGAGAAGGAAGGGGUAGUGGACUCCGAGGACUAUGGCCAUGAUGUGGACAGUGUCCAGGCAUUGCUAAGACAUCAUGAAGCUUUGGAGGGAGACCUCGCUGCAAUCAGUGAGAAAGUCCACAACAACAGCACAGAAGCAGAGCGCCUCCUUGGUCUGUUUCCAGAUGCUCAGGCCCACGUGGCAGCCAAACAUGACGAGAUGGUCCAGUGCUGGAACGUCCUGUUGGACAAGACCAGUCUGAGGAAAGCCAAGCUCCAGCAGGCAGAGCAACUACAGGUCUACUUCAAUAACUACAGGGAACUGGUAGCCUGGUGUAGUGAGAUGAUGGCUGUGAUCACAGCAGAUGACCUGGCACAUGAUAUAGCUGGUGCUGAGGCUCUCAUUAACAGACACAAGGAACACAAGACAGAGGUUGACAUGCACCUGGAAGCCUUCACCAAGUUUAAACACACUGGACAGGAGAUUAUUAACAAUGGACAUUUCUUGGCAGAAGAGAUUCAAGAAAAGAUGGCCCACCUGGAUGAGCUAUUGAAUAGCUUGUUAAAAACUUGGCAUCAAAGAAAAGAUUUAUAUGAUCAAAAUCUGGAUGUGCAGCACUUCAAGCAUGAUUUGGAGCAGUUAGAAGCCUGGAUGUCAGCCAGGGAGUCCAUGCUGCAUGAGAACAUCACUGCUGACUCCAUCAAUGCAGUAGAAGAGAUGAUAAAGAAACACGAAGACUUUGAGAAAACGCUUAGUGCACAGGAGGACAAGUUUAUGGCAGUGACUCGAAUAACACUGUUGGAAUCUGCUUUCCAAGAUCAGAAAAAACAGGAAGAAAUGCAGAGACAGAGUGAAGAAGAGCGGAAAGCCAAGGAUAGAAGAGAAGAAAUCAAGAAGCAGACUCAAGAGAGAAUUCUGUUGGAACGCAAAAUGGAGGAGCAAGGCAAGAAAACGCCAAAGAAGGAUUCAUUAAACGGUACUACCAUAACUAUAACCAAAGACUCAGCAAGUGAGGCAGGCAGUGACCACACCCCCACAUCAACUCCCCAUAAACACAAGGGCGGACUUCGUAGGGCAGACUCCUGGAACUCCAAUGAAAGCACCCCCAGUAAGAGGUCCCCCUACAGGAGAGAAGAGAGAAGAAAGCGCACUCCAAGUUUCACAACCAGGAGAAGGACGCUUAGUUUUCAGGAGAAGUAUCAGCUUCCCUCAGCAUUGCCCCCAGUGGAGAUGGAAGGGUUUUUAGAGAGGAAACAGGAACUGCAGUCUGGAGGGAAAAAAGCAGCUGUCAGAUCGUGGAAGAAUUUUUAUACUGUGUUGUGUGGACAUUUGUUGUGCUUUUUCAAAGAUAGACAAGGCUUUGAAGAAAGCAAGGCUCUUUCUUCUCCAAUCAACUUAUACAGUGCCACCUGUGAGGUAGCCAUUGACUAUAAAAAGAAGAAUGUGCUGCGUGUGGUGCUAGCAGACGGUUCUGAGUACCUGUUUAUGACACCCACAGCAGAUGAGAUCCCAGCAUGGGAGAAAAAGAUUAACUUUAUUGCAGCUUUACCUCCUUCAAAACAGUUGACACACCAUGAAGCUGUAAAUGUAGCUCCAGACAAAGAUAUCAUGGCAACUGCAUCUGAAAGCAACUCCACAGAUUCUUCAUUCUUAACAACCAAUUUACCUGACACUGACAGCAGCCACAGCCCCACACUGACUCCAGUCAGGUUGACCAAGCCCAAAGAAUUUGAAUCCUCACUUACUUCAAGUAUUAGUCCUAAAGCUUACCAGAAGGAUUCAAAUGAACCAAGUGGCCAUAGUCCACUACAAACUUUGAGUGACCAAUUGGUAAAUCAUCAAGAUGUUAAGGACAGAAACGCAGCAGAGAAUGGCCAGAAUUAUUCUGCUAAAAGGCUAACACCUGGUAAACUGACCAUAGAUAUGAAUGGUGGGCAUAUGACCAGGGACAGUUCUGGGAGGCAUCCAGUUAGCCCAAGAAAAGGUCAUCAUGUUGGUCCUAAUAUUUCUGUUUCCCACAGUUCUCAAUCAAACAGUGAGACCAAGACAGGAACCAAGUCAGAAUCUUUGCAGGACAAAGAGAACCAUUUUGGAUCAAAAGCUGAUAAAACUCCACCUCCUUCACCAUUUGAUAAAAAACAAAAAGAACAUAAUGAUGUAUUAUCAAAAUCCUCAGAAAAUCGGCCAGUCUCACCAUACAGUCCCUCGAAGGGAAAACCAUUCAGUUUUGCAAUGAUGUCAAACAGUACAUCAGGUCCAGCUAUCAACCAAAGAUCCAUGUCUACCUCAGUGAAGACUUUAUCCCCAGGAUCACCUGCCAAAUCUAACACAAACAUACUCCCAGAUAAAGUUCACAAUGGACAGUCAAAACCUUUCAUUCCAGGGUCUCCUCCACCCAAGAAGCCAGAUUCAACACCACCAUUGGUAUUACCCAAUGAAAGCAAGCAUAACAAAACUGGAGAGGAAUCACCCAAUGAGAACCAGCUUUACAAAACAGUGGAACACUUGAGUGCUAUACCACCGCAGCCUGUGCGACCUGCACCACCAUCUCCUGAGAAAACAUCACCACAGCUUAAGAAUUCUGUGUCAGAUUCAAAAGAGAAAGAAGAGAAACAUGUUUCCAGUGUUUCAUUACAGCUUAUUCAGAAGCACAAAUCACCACAUGUCUCUGUCACCUCUUCACCAUCUUCAUCAGCAUCAAAUUCCCUCAAGAUAACUACCAAGGAUACUCAAUCAGUGAUUGCAGAACACCCAGACUCUGCACGUUUCAAUGGGUUCAUGAGUCCAACCAAAAGUGACCCCACUGUGUUAAGAUUAAAUAAGGUGACAUACCCCAAUACUGUAUCUUCUAGUGUCGCCAAGAAGCAAGGUUCAUAUGACGUUUCACAAUGUAGCACUCUUGAGAAAGAUUUGGAAUCUCAUAACAGUACCAUAAAAACUGUAGUUAAAGUGGAUCAAAAAGGACCAAAUGUGCAAUCUGGGCUGGUAAAAUCUCCUCCAAUUUCUCCAAGAAAAAGCAAAAUGGUAUCUUCUCAAAUUCCUCAAGACACUAACGAAAAGUUCACCAUCAGUGUAGACGAUAAACAAUCUGUUGUGCAGGGACCUGCAUUGCCCUCUACAGUGUUUUCUGGUACACAUGCACCACCUACAGUUCAUACCAUUUCACCCGUUCCCAGGGAUGCCAAUGACAUGUCUCCAACAGAACUAUACAGGACGAUUGAUGAAGCAUUCGAUGAGGCUCUGGCUGAGGCAGGUGAUCCCCUUGGAGAGUCGCAAACAAGUCUGGGUAACAUCUCCAUUGGUAGUAUGGACAGUUCUCUGGGCUAUGUCACACCGCUCAGUAGCAACAGGCAGGACAGCAAUAGAACAGAGAGUCAUAGAGAAGACAGCUCCAGGCAAGAUGGUCACAGAGAUAACGGUCACAGAUAUGUAGUACAAGGGCUUUCCUCAGUGGAUGAAGCGGUGAGGCAGGCGUUGAGUGAUACUAUCACUGGUGACGAAGAGAUUAACUAUGGUGUACCACCAGAGUUCUCAGACACUGCACCAUGGGAUAGUUCAUCACAGCAUAGCAGUCAGUCUGAUAAGUCAGAUUCUCCCCUCCCUCCUUCUGUCCCACACAGUGCCAGACCCACCAGUGCCAGAAGUGCACGCAGUGAGUACAGUGACUAUGGCGUGACCCCACCUCUGCCCUCACUGCCCCCACCAUUGGCAAAUCACAGCGAUGACGAUGAUGAGGAUGAGGAGGAUGAUGAUGAUGACUUGGACUGGCCUGACAUUCCUGAGAUUCCUGAAAAUUCAAAACCAAUAGGCACAUUGUCUGUCAGUUCUGCAGUGGCUGGUGAUAUCACUGACACAUUGGUUUCACAAUCUUCACCAAGAAAGCAGGCACUGGAGCCAGGUCCAAACAAGUCACCAAGGAAGAAGACCCAGGCACCACAACCCCCAGGGCGACCCCCACCCUACCCAGCACCCCCACCCCAGCCAGCAGUUAUACCCCGCCAGGAUCAGGUUUCUGGCAGCAUAAAAGAGUACCCAGGGGUACCAGCACACCCAGGGGGAGCACCACUAAAUGGAGGGGAAGGCACCAGUAGUACCAGUCCACGCAUGAUGAGUGUGGCACCACUUGAACAAGGUAUAGGUGGUGCCACUGCUGCUCCUCCUCUGUCACCUAGCAACCAUACUGUUGCCAUUAAAGGUUUGACAGACGUGGCAGGAGACAGCAGUGUUGAGAUGCCAGUUGCGGCAAAAACUGGAAAAGAGAAAAAGAAAUCACAUAAAGUUUUUUCAAAUAUAUUCAAGAGAAAAAAGUAAAAGAACUAAGGAAUAUAUUUCAAUGGUACAUAAAAUAGUUCAUUUAUGUUAAAGAACUGUGCAUUUUGAAAUAUAGUAUACUUGACUGAGACUUAUCUAUUUUUAGAGUGCAAAUUUAAUCAAAAUCAAAAUGUGAGCAUUCCAAUCUUUUCUAUGCACAUUGUGGUCCUUUGAUAACUACAUUUUUCUUUCUCAAUCAAGGAUUGUACAAUGAAGAUUUUUGUAUUUUGAAAUGAAUAAAAACAAAUGAAAAUAAUUCCCCAGCUCUAUGACAUAUGAAAUAUAUUUUCCCAUGUUAUUUUAGUGUUAUACAAAGAUCUCCACAGAUUUUUCUGUGUAGUUUCAGAACUAGUUUAUGUAUAUUCUAGUUACAUGCUUUUAACAUGUAUGUGAUGUCUUACUAAUUUAGUUUGUGCUGAAUUUUAACUGACCUAUACUCAUAUUUAUGAAUUCAUUUGCUCAACAUAUGAUGAGGGAUCAAUUUUUGCAAUUAUCAUUAUACUCCAUGCUGCAAAAUGGGAUGAUAGAUAUAGAACUAGUUGAAAUGCAGCACUCAAGCUAGUACGUGUAGCUUGCACCAUUUUAGAAUCCGUCCUCUUUUCUAGAAUACUUCAUGGUUUGUCAUUUUAAUAAAAAUGUUGAUUAUGCAUGUAUUGUUAUGUUACUUUUUGAACUUGAAGUACAUAAUUUUCAUUUUAUCUGAUGCCUUUUAAGUUUAUUGUGUAAUAUUUUUUUGUAAAUGCAUAUUCUAUAUUUACAGGGUAACAGCAAGCCAAUUGUAUUUUUAUUGCCAAUUGCAGAACUUGGUUGUGUAUAUACAUUGUUUACUAUAUAUUAUAUAAUAUAUUUAGAUACAUAUAAGCUGCUUUUGUGUGCUUUGUGAAGAUAAAUGGACAUUAAUUUGAUCAAAUUGAAUUGUAAUCAUGGUUGUGAAAUAAAUAAUCUUUUUUAUUUUGGUAAUUACACCAUUCAAGAGUAAAAUGGAAUAUUACAUUUUGGAUUAAAGUGAAAAAGUAUAGAUUUAUUGGUGAUUUGUUGACUGAUAUGUGAACAACUCUUGCAAAGAAUCAGAGU